ACCACCGCAUCAUCAGAACGAGCGGGAGGAAGCAACUGGGUGCAACAGAAAUACAUCUGCACCCAGAAAAUCACAUCAAACACCACCUUUGGUGUCAAGAUGGCAUCAGAUGAUGUGGCAGAUCUCGCCGACUCAUUGGCCAAAACUCAAGUCGACGAGGGCGAGCUCAGUUAUAAAGGACAAGGCCUUAAACUGGACAACGCUCAGUCUGUGGAGGAGAUGGUGAAGGCGAUCGAGGAGUUUGACGGGCUGCAUGCGCUCAGACUGGAGGGGAACACCAUCGGCGUGGAGGCAGCGCAGACCAUCGCUAAAGCCCUGGAGAAGAAGAGCGACCUGCAGUGCUGCCACUGGAGCGACAUGUUUACCGGCCGCCUGCGAGCUGAGAUUCCUCCAGCGCUGGUUUCUCUGGGCGACGCGUUAAUCACUGCUGGAGCUCGGCUGAAGGUUCUGGAUCUGAGCGAUAACGCUUUCGGACCCGAUGGCGUGAAAGGCAUCGAGAAGCUGCUCAAGAGCGCCACCUGCCACACGCUGCAGGAACUGCGCCUGAACAACUGCGGAAUGGGAAUUGGAGGAGGAAAGAUCCUGGCUGCGGCUCUGACGGUGUGUCAUAAGGAGUCGAGUGCGCUCGGCGCCCCCUUGCAGCUGAAGGUGUUCAUCGCCGGCAGGAACAGACUGGAGAACGAUGGAGCCACAGCGCUGGCACAGGCCUUUCAGUUGAUCGGCAGUCUGGAGGAAGUGCACAUACCCCAGAAUGGCAUCAAUUACCAAGGAGUCACAGCUUUAGCCACAGCAAUGCAACACAACCCACAACUGCGAGUGCUGAACCUCAACGACAACACUUUCACCAAGAGAGGAGCGAUCGCCAUGGCACAGGCAUUGAAACACCUGCGCAAUGUGCAGGUGAUAAAUUUUGGUGACUGUCUUGUUCGGUCUGAAGGCGCCAGUGCCAUAGCAGAGACCCUGAGAGAAGGACUGCCAAUUCUCAAGGAGCUGAAUCUAUCUUUUGGGGAAAUCACUGAGGACGCUGCACUGGAAGUGGCUCGAUCCGUCCAGCAUAAAGAUCAGUUAGAAAAACUUGACCUGAAUGGUAACAUUCUAGGUGAAGGCUGUGAAAGGCUGCGAGAGGUGAUGGAGAACAUGAACAUGGCAGACAAACUGGGCUCUCUGAGUGAUGACGAGGGAGAACCUGAGGAAGAUGAAGAUGAGGAGGACGAUGACGACGAUGAUGAUGAUGAUGUGGAUGAGGAAGAGGAGGAAGAAGAGGAGGAAGAAAAGAGUGAAUUAAAUCAGGUCUCAACGCCGCCUUCAGCACCUCGUACUCCAGACGUCUCGACCUUCCUGAGCUUUCCGUCUCCAGACAAACUCCUGCGACUCGGCGCAAAGAGAAGCUUCCUCAUCCAGCAGCAGGUGGACGUGUUGGAUGCGAGUAAGACAGCUGAAGCGUUUCUGAAGAUCUCGUCUGUGUAUAAGGAAGACGACGCAGAGGUGAAACCGACCGUGCUGGAGAGUAUCGACGCAGUGCUCAGUAAAGCCUUCCUCACGCCUUCCUUCCAGGGCUUGAGUUUCAUGUCGUCGUUGCUGGUGAUGCUCGGGCUGUUGAAG